UUGUUGACAUAUGUUUGUGAAAGACAAAACAGUGGAAGCCCACGAAUGAUCUCUAGCUAUUUAGCUGGCCAGCUACUGUUAGUUAGGUUGUUAGCAACCAUUAAUAUCUAUUAGUUAAAUAUAUAAUAUUGGUUAUUCCAAUAGCUCGACAAAUAACGUUGAAGUCCAGGCCAUUUGAAUUUAGAAUUCUGCGAAUGGACCGUGAAGGGAACAAUAACGUUAAUAGCAGUACAUCAAGGCAAGGAUAAACGAGUAACGUUAACUGACUGGCAAGCAAGAAAAUAAGCUGAUCGAGGAGGAACAGUGGAGAAUGUGAAGGACUAUGGCGAACUUUGAAGCUUACCAGGAGUACCAGCGGAUUGAUGACUUUGAGGAGGACUCACCUCCCGGGGAGGAGGACCUAUUAGUGCAUGUGCCAGAGGGCCUGAGUGACUCAUGGCACCAUAUCAAGAAUCUGGACAACUUCUUUACAAGAAUCUAUCAGUUUCAUCAGAAAAAUGGCUUUGCUUGUAUGAUGUUAUCAGAGUUCUUUGAACUUUUUCAGUUCCUGUUUGUGGUCACUUUCACAACAUUCCUCUUCAACUGUGUGGAGUAUGAUAUACUGUUUGCCAACCGGGCAGUGAACCACACAGGACCUGGCCAGAACCCCCUGGACAGGAACAAGGUCUCUCUGCCUGAUGCCAUCCUACCAAGCCAGCAGUGCACUGAGAGGAUCCAGGAGAACAGUUGGAUCAUCUUCCUGCUCAUCAUGGCGACCAUCUUCUGGGUCUACCGGAUGAUCAAGGUCUUCUGCAACAUCCUCAGCUACUGGGAGAUACGCCAGUUCUACAUCAAAGCACUGAAGAUCAGCAUGGACGAGCUGUGUAACUUCACAUGGCAGGAGGUCCAGGACCGUCUGAUCAGCCUGCAGCGGGAGCAGCAGAUGUGUAUCCACAAGAAGGAGCUAACUGAGCUGGACAUCUACCACCGCAUCCUGCGAUUCAAGAACUACAUGGUGGCCAUGGUCAAUAAGUCACUGUUACCUGUACAGCUUCAGCUCCCCCUUCUGGGAAACCUGGUGUUCCUCACCCAGGGCCUCAAGUACAACUUUGAGCUGAUUCUCUUCUGGGGUCCGGGGUCGCUGUUCCAGAACAAAUGGAACCUGCACCCCAAGUACAAGCGAGCAGGGAACCGUCUGGAGCUGGCCCAGCAGCUGAGCCGGGUCAUUCUUCUACUAGGCGUGGCCAAUCUGCUCCUCUGCCCCUUCAUCCUGGUGUGGCAGGUGCUCUACGCCUUCUUCAGCUACACCGAGAUCAUCAGGAGGGAGCCAGGGAGUCUGGGAGCACGCCGCUGGUCUAUGUUCGGCCGCCUCUACCUGCGCCACUUCAAUGAGCUGGACCACGAGCUGCACGGCAGGCUAGGCCGCGGCUACAAGCCCAUCUCCAAGUACAUGAACUCGUUCACCUCGCCGCUCCUCACCGUGCUGGCCAAGAACGUGGCGUUCUUCUCUGGCUCGGUGCUGGCCGUGCUCAUCGCACUGACCGUGUAUGAUGAGGAUGUCUUGACCGUGCAGCACAUCCUGACCGCCAUCACCGUGCUGGGAGUGGUUAUCACCAUCACCAGGUCCUUCAUCCCAGACGAACACAUGGUGUGGUGCCCGGAGCAGCUGCUGCAGUGUGUGCUUGCUCACAUCCACUACAUGCCAGACCACUGGAGGGGCAACGCCAACAAGAGCGAGACCCGGGACGAGGUGGCACAGCUGUUCCAGUACAAAGCGCUGUUUAUCCUGGAGGAGCUGCUGAGCCCCAUCGUCACGCCCUUCAUUCUCAUCUUCCUCCUGAGGAACAAGUCCCUGGACAUCAUCGACUUCUUCAGGAACUUCACUGUGGAGGUAGUUGGGGUCGGAGACAUCUGCUCCUUCGCACAGAUGGACAUCCGUCGUCAUGGAAACCCUCUGUGGAUGUCUGAGGGCCAGACGGAGGCGUCUGUGUACCAGCAGGCUGAGAACGGCAAGACUGAGCUGUCUCUGAUGCACUUCACCAUCAAGAACCCCCGUUGGCAGCCCCCCCAGGAGAGCUCAGUGUUCAUCAGCCACCUGAAGGAGAAGGUGCACCAGGAUGCCCAGGGAGGACCCCCCACCCAGCUGCUGCUCUCUGAGGCCCCGCUCUGCUCCUCACUGCUCUCCAACGGGUCCGGCAAUGAACCUGACAACCUAUUGGCAAGUGUCCUGGCCCACCCUGUGCUGACCGCGUCAGGCCUACCAGGCCGAGACCGCCGCUUCGUUCCUCCCAGCACGGCUGCCUCUGCCGCCGCCAGCGUCCUGGCCUCGCUAUCCAGCUCCCACUCUCAGCUCCCCCACGCCAGCCGCUCCCGCUCGCAUGUCCAUCUGCCUUCCACCCACCCCGACAGCACCAUGUACUGCAGUGACCGCACCAUCAUCGACAGCAUGUCAGGGAGUGAUUCUCGAAUGAAGAGCACUACAUUGCUAUCAGAGUUUGCCUCGGCUGAGAUGAGUCUCCAUGCUAUUUACAUGCAUGAGGUCCACCAACAGAGCUCACUCCCCCACCAGAGGACAUUCGGCCAGUGGCAGAACCCAGUGCCAAUGAGAGAGCUAAGCAGCAACGCUGGUUCUCAGACGCACAGCGUCCACACAGCAGUCAGCCUGUCUAAUAUGCCCAGCCCGCUGCGUCUGGGAGGCUGGACGGAGGAAGAGGAGGGGGAUGCAGAGGAAGAGGAAAUCCUCAACAGUGGGUCGACUCCUAAACAGGACUCUAGGAGUAGCUAUUGAAGUGCCUUAAAUAAAUGGUGUUUACACUUUCCUUUCUGGAUGAACAUUGUGGCCUUAGAUGAUCUUUUUGGAGUAUAGGAUAGAUAGGACCUUUAUGACGUCACACAGCACAGGCAGCUGGGGAACUCAUUGGAUAACCACUGUCUCCAUGCCUCUCCUCCUAUCACAUCAGGAGGUUUUGUCGUCAGGGAAACCAACUGUAUGUCUUCCGUCCCUCUCCAUGUCAUAUUUUGUUAUAGAAUGUAUUUACAUCGCUCAUAGAGGUGUGUGUGUGCGCUUUGGGACUCUGGGAAAGAGUGGCAUGCACAGCUAGGACACUUGCAAGGCAGGUUUGAGCAUGGUACGCAGCAAAACCUGUCACACUUUUUGUUGCAUAUUCAUGUUUUUUUAUAUAUAUAUAUAUAUAUAUAUAUAUAUAUAAGUUUGAUUUGUGCAUUUGGGAGGUUUACAAUAUGGGUCUGGGUUCACUUUCUCAUGGUGGAAAUGGUGUCUUUCCUGGUGCUGAAGAGACUAUGGAGUGAAGGUGUAUCAUACUAGCUGCCUGACCAUUUUCACUAUAUGAGGAAAGUUAAGUGCAAAAUUCUACAUUGGCAUAUUUGGCCCUUACUUAUUGCUUGACAUUUGUAAAUACACUUUAGCGUCUUACCUCUAUAUGAAUAUUUAAGUUUUGUUGUUUUUAGUCCUUGGGGCAGUUUUAAUCCUUGGGGAAGAUGGAAAAGUACUGAAAACAGUGACAUGAAGCAGGCUGCAACUAUACUACUGCUACUACAGAUAGGACCCCACUAGAAAAUAUGACAAAAGCCUACAGAUGCGCUAGAUUAAUUAACCACAAUUGUAAACAGGAUAAAAUCUCAUUAAAAGCUGCUGUCUGAUUUAAAUGGGCCUAAUAUUAUUCUCUUUCUUUAAAAUCCUGGGUGACUCUAAGACAGGAUUCAACAUAUAAUAACUUGAUUAUUUUGUAUCAAAGUAUCUUCCAUGUACAGUCUCCACUGGCAACAGGGGUGUUAUACUUGACAAAGGUACAUACAUCAAGAUUACAUAUUUGCAGAGGCAGUAACUACAUUGUUGUGGGUAGGUAUGAGAAUAAGCUAUGGAGGGUUGCAUAUUAUGUACAGUAAAUCAAGAAGUGUUGUUGUAUACAUUGAUUUUGCAUGUACUGCUCAACAUUUUGUUUACAAAACACUUUCCCCUAUGUACACACAAUUGAACUUUAUUAUUAUUUUGCAGUUACAGCAAUCAGAUCUUGAGGGUUAAACCUGUUGGUUUUCUGUUCUACCUGAUAGUUAAUUGCACUCACUUGGUGUUCACGGUCUAAAUUAGUCCCUGAUUAGAGGGUACAAUGAAAAAAUGCAGUGGAACUAACUUUGAAAUCCAGAGUUGAGAUUGAGGGUUAUAGAGGAUGAUGUGAGCUGGCCAAUCAGCGGUCUACUCACAUUAAUAUUUUUAAUGACCGGUAUACACCCACACCAUUCUGUUGUUGGGGUAUGCCCACACCAUUCUGUUGUUGGGGUAUGCCCACACCAUUCCAACACAGAAUAGCAUUCUUUUUAUAAAAAUAAUGUUACAUUCUUCAUUCAAAAACUGUGGAAGGAAGACAACUAUUUCACUCAUAUUGUAAUUCAUAUAUGUCAUAUUUCAUAGAAAUCUGGUAACUGGACAGUUACUUUAAUAUAUUUCAUUUAGUAUUUAUUGUUGAAAAAUAAUCUUUAUAGUAAAUACAUUCAUACCAAAUAUGAUUGGGAUCUAAUGUUAAUAACGGAAUGUCUUAACAGAAAUCUUGAAGGCACCCAUGUAAAUCUAACUUGUUUUCCUUAAUGUAUGUCUCAUACAACAUUGAACAAAACUGAUUUAAAAAAUAUAUAUUUUUGUUGAAUUGCCUUUGACAAAACAUAUUUGGAUAUGCAACUUUGAAAUGAAACAAUCCUUCAUGUUGCUGGUUUCAUCAGUACAGUGCAACUCAAAGGAGAGCAAACUUGUCUGCAUGUAAAUGCUGAAUGUAACCCAGCCAUCAUCCCUAGAAAUACGUGGCAUGAUGUAUCAUUGGUACUGUAGCCAGAACAGUUUAUUGAAACAUUACACUAAAGCUCCAUUACUGCUACUGUAUCCAUGUCCCACUGAUACAAUAACCUAGUCCACACCUAUAUGUAUAUCUCUGUAUCCUCCAACAUUUUAGUCAUUUAGCAGCUGUUCUUAUCCAGAGCGACUUACAGUAGUGAGUGUAUACAUGUUUGUUUUGGUCCCCCGGUGGGAAUCAAACCCACAACCCUGGCAUUGCAAGCACCAUGCUCUACCAACUGAACCAAACAGGACCACUAUUGUAAGACUAGAGAGUAUAUGUGUUUGACGACUUUUUCCCUUCAUUUAGUUUUUUUCAUUUGUGUUUUGAAGUGGUGUGGAUGUAGACAUCAACCUAACUAUGCUAAGCUAACGUUGACUCAAAAGUUUUGCACUGAUUGAAAAUAAAAAUUAUAUUGAUAGAGACCUGCAUCAAACUAUAUUUUCGAUCAAGCCGAGGUCUCAAAGGAACAGUGAGUGGAACUCCCUUCCUGAAUGGCCUCUCUCACUAUAUAUAAUAACCAUAUGUAGGAUUGUUAUCAUCCAUACCGUGGGCCUAUCACAGACCUGGUUGUUGUUACCUCUGGUCAGCAAAAGUUCACCAAUUAGUGGGGAAUGUCUGUCAAUGUUUUAAGUAACAUUAUAGGCCUAGUCAAUGCCACAUAUGGUAUUGCUGUUGGUGUUCCAUUUGUUUUACUGAUGUAAUGAGUUUUAGGGGAGACGUGGUAGUUCAUGAGUCUUGCCAGUUUCCAUAGCUAGAUUGCACUGCCUCUCCCUAUCUUUUUUUUAUUUGAUUAUUUUGCUUUAUUUUGAGCAGUGCCUUAGGGUUAGCUUUAGUUCAUAUUAGAAACCAUUGAAACUGUCAGAGCUCAUUUUACUUUGUAUUUUAGCAGCACAUAAUGUACAGUAUUUCUUUUGGCAGGAUUGUCAUGUUUUGGCACCAAGUAUACAGUGGGACUUGUAUUCUAAUAUUGUUGAUGAGUCCUGAGUAACAUGAACUACAACAGACUGAUAUUUGACAUCAAAGUAGUCAAAUCACUUUCACCUGAUGACAGAAUUAAUCUGAUCAAAGUGUUUCGUUCUGUACUGUCUGCCUCCCCAGUCCAAAAGAAUCAGUUGGGGAGGGGAAAUGUUCUAUACCCUUUUCAUUUAUGUUGAAUUAUUAUUGAAUUCCAUCCUUGAGGCUCCCCAUUCAAUAUCAUUGCUUCUUAUCCACUACAAACCAGUCCCCCCCCCCAAAAAAACAUGUUGACUGGUACAAGGUGCUACGUUUUCAUAUUCUUAGUGUUGAAUAGAUUUUGAGCCAUCUAUUCUUUGUUGCUUAGGUUUGUUCUUUUUGUUUGUUUUGUUUAAUUUAAGAAACACUAGCUGAGAAUGAACAAUGCCAAAAUAACUUGUUUUCAGCAAAGCUUUAUCAUACACAUUGUAUUUGUUUUCUGUAACUGAAUAGGCAAAGGAAUUCUUAUUGUGUGUAUUUAAUCAUUGAAGUGUGUCCCAAGAUCUAAUGUACUUGAUUUGAAAUAAAACAUGUAAUAUACA